AUGCCCGUGGACGAGGCGGGACUUGCCGGAAGGCUCGGUGAAACCCUGCGGAAGCUGAGGCUGCCCCCCGAGGCGCCAGAGCACAUUGGGCCCGAACCUGCACGACGGAGCGUUCGGUUGGCACGGGCUGCUAUGCCGCCUGGCGGUCCUGUCUGGAUAUCAAUGAUGUCCACCCGGCUUGGCUCGGAAAUGCUGACGCUGGCGGACUGGGUGGAGCACUCCGGAGUCAUGAGCGAAAGCACGCAAGUUGACUGCGAUGAUGGUGCACCAGCGAAGCAACGCUGUGAAUGCUUCAAUGCACGCCUCGUCAAUGGAUAA